AGGGCGGACCAAUGACGGACGGGCGGCCACACCAUCAGUGUGGGCUGUGCGGUGGCUGGAAGUUACUGUGCGGCGGCGGCUAAGAAGGCGGCUGUGGUGGCGGCGGCGGCAGCAGAGACGGUGGCUGAGGAGGCGACGGAGGAAACAGAAGAUGGCAGAUUUUUUGAAAGGACUGCCUGUCUACAACAAAAGCAAUUUUAGUCGCUUUCAUGCCGACUCUGUGUGCAAAGCCUCGAACCGACGUCCCUCAGUCUACCUGCCCACUCGGGAAUACCCGUCCGAACAGAUCAUUGUGACAGAGAAAACAAACAUUCUUUUGCGCUACCUACAUCAGCAAUGGGACAAAAAGAAUGCCGCCAAGAAGAGAGACCAGGAGCAAGUGGACCUCGAGGGCGAGAGCUCGGCGCCCCCCCGCAAGGUCGCACGGACCGACAGCCCAGACAUGCAUGAGGACACUUAAGACUCACGCUCCCCCACAGGCGCCUCUUGUCUUGUCUGCUCCUCGCCUGCCCGCCUUGUGUAAGCGUCCCCCCACCCCUCCGCCGGCCCGCCCACGCCCCGCCAUCCACACCACUUCCAACCUCAUAGGAGCCGAUGUAUUUAUUUUCCUUGAGUUUUUAUUUAUGCUGUAAGAUGUACCAAGCGAUGGUUAAAGGGGACGUCAGACCCAGUAGUGUGAUGUUGAUAGAUGCUUUUUAAAAAACAACGUUGUUAUUCUCCUUCCCCCCUCCAGUUCCCCCUCCUGCCCCCUCUGCAAGGGUCUAGAGCUGGGGCCCUGCUGCGGCCGGGCGGCAGGUGUGGAGGCCUUCCUCCUGACCCCCACCUGCCGUUCUGGGCCUUAAAAACUUUGCCUUGUCUCGAGUUCCACCGGGACCUACUCUGUGCCCAGACCUUGCUCUGAGCAUGCGUAAGGGGGAGAAGUCAGCCCUUCUGGAUUUUUCUCUUAAGUCAUUUUAUCAUGGACUAGUGCGUGCUCCGUGUCCACCCCAAUAAAAGGAUCUUUCCUACCCGACCUCGAGUCUUUGCUCGGCGUGCCUCAGCCCCAGAGGACGGAGCCACUGAAAGUCUUCCCGUCAUCAACAAGACGAGCCGAGAGAGGCCCCCAGACACUGGGGCCCCAGGACCAGCUGGAUUCUCUCAGGGCCCUGCCACGGCUAUCUCACUCAGAGCCAAGACCUGCCUGGACCCGGCCCUCUUCCUCACCCGCCAAGGUGUCCCCAGGACCAGGACACCCUGGAGAGACAGACAGUCCAUGCUGCCAAGGAUGGAGCUGUGGUGGACCCCACUCCCAGGACCCUGGCGAGCAGGGCGGCAUGCCCAUCAGCCACCAUGGAGACAACCCAGGUGGCCUGGCCUCACACCCUGGCUCAGAGAGGAGACACACGGAGCGCCUUGGAUCACCCAGCCCCAGUGCUGUUGGUCGGCAGGUUCCGCGACCACUCACGGGCACCAGCUGGGCUGGGUCUGGGCCUGAGCCUGGGGACGUAGGGGACAUUUGGGCUCCAGGAAGAAGGUGUGAGGCCCUGACCACUCCAUUUGGGUACAGGACCAGCAGGGUUGCCCCUUCUCCCCCCACCAGCACUGAACGGGAGCCAGGGUGUUGAAGCUGAUUGCUGGGGUGUUGGGGGUAGUGAGGGAUUGGGCCGUGGAGCUAGGGAGGCAGCAGGCUGCAGAGGAGUGCCUGCCUGCCCCAGAUGAUCACUGUGGAGGGCCCAGCCUGAGGCAGACUGCUUGGGCCUUUGUUGCCCAGCGCCUCCUGAGUGCAAGUUUCCAGGGGCAGCCGCCCAGCUUUGCUGUGGGGCCCAGCUCUGGGGGCGUCUACAGCAGUGUUCAGUUCUUGUGGUCACAAGGCAGUUGCUAAGGAAAUGCAAGCUUGACCGUGGUCAUGCCGAGGUGGGCUAGGUCCCUGGAGGUUCUCAGACCAGCCUGGAAUCCCCAUUCCGGGGGGGUCGGCCUAACCCUGGGCAGGUGCCUGGUGUGGCCAUUUGUGGUGGGCUGAGUUGAUGGCAGGACUUCUGCUUCAAAGGCCAUGGGACAGGGUGGGAGCAGGCUGCAGCCUGUCCUUCCCCGAGGCUAGCCUAUGCCUCCCUGGCCCCAGGUCUCCCUUUGAAGAACUGGGUUCUGUGUCCGGCCAGGGCUAUCCAUGGUGUGGGUGGGGGUCCAUGGUCUCCCUGUGGUCUGCCCAGCACAGGCCCCUGAGCUGGCCUCCUGCCUUUGGGGCUCCCCUUACUCACUCUGCUCCUGAAAACACCAAACUCUGCCUUCCCAUACCUCUGUGCCUUCGCACAGGCUGCUCUCCUGCCUCCAGUGAACCCUGAUUUCUCUUUGCCAGCCCCUCAGAGCGUCCCUUUCUCACACUGGCCCCCCCAGCCCUGGGGCGGGGCCUGUCAGGCACCUGAGCCUUAGGAUAUGGACACGCCUGAGGGUGGGAGAGGCCACGUCCAUCCUUGAUGACACAGUAAAGAGUUCCAGUGACUCCGGUUGGACAGCCAUCCCACAGUGGGGCAUCCUGGCCCUUUUCUGAUGCCAGCCCCAAAUAUGCCACCCCUCUCAAUAUUGAGACUUGGCACCAGGCGCCUUCUGAUUUCCACACCCCAAGUUUUCUCCUCACUGCCCCUGACUCCUCAGAUGGCAGCCUGAGAGGCAGGUGUGGCAGAAGGGGCGCCCCUGCAGGUCAGAGGCCCAAACUGCUGAAUCCUAGCAGCACUUUGAGAUUUCUUCCUUUGUCUAGGAGGCUGAGGAUGGGGCCUGAGGCUCUGCAGCUCCUCCCAGGGGCUCCUGGGCCUGGAGUUGGUCCCCAAAUCUGGGCCGUCUUAGAGGCAGGGCAGUCUGGAGUUUUCCAUCUGUGGCCUGGAGACCCAGUUCUUAGGAGGAAUUCCCCAAGGGUCACAAAACAGGAGGGGAACCCACCCUGGCCUGCCAGACCCCCAAAGAGCUGGCACAAAUCUCAAAUCAUUGGGUCCCUUGAGUUCCCUUUCCACGGCUCCGUCCUUGGGCACUGUUGAAAUAUACUUUUUAUUGCAUCUCUGCCGUUUUACAAAAAUAUGACAAAAUAAAUUAAAAACAAAUAAAUAAUC